GAGCAAAUAAAAUUUGGUCGUAUUUAAGUGGCUAGCGAUGCGUUCCACAAAUAGUUCUAGGCGUUGGCUCAGACGAGGCUUUGAGCCUCCGAUCUAAUUAGUACAACUAUAAGAAUGCGUCCGGCAAACAAAUUAAAAAAGUGUUCUGCUCUAAGCUACCCAUCGCUGAAGACAGCUACUCAGACGCUUAAUUUCGACAUCACUCUAUAGUACCUGUUACAAUGGCUGAAAAGGCGAACCCUCCAGUCCCUGCCUACGAGGAACAACCGGCCGAAACCCAAGAGCUUUCCUCCUCCAGAGAGGUGCCUGCAUAUACGCAACCUCCCGCGGGACAAACGCCCGAAAUCCAACCGCAUCAGCCCCAGCAAACCUUUUAUGCAGGCUCUCAACACCCGAGCGGCUAUAAUACUCCGACUCCGCUGUAUGCCCUGCAGAAAACACCAGCACCCGUGGAUUGCCCGGCUUGCGGAGAGCGGAAAAUGACUCGCGUGGAGGCAGAAACGGGGAGUUCAACUCAUGCUUGGGCUGCCGUGCUUUGCUGCUGCCUGUGUCUCGGAUGUAUUCCUUACAUGAUGUCGUCGCUAAAGAAUCAGUGUCAUUACUGUGGAGGUUGUGGUGCCUUGUUGGCUACAUGGCAUAACAGUGGACGGACGGAUGUGCAUCGGUCUGGUGCGAAGUGAUGCGAUUAUUUUGCUGUUGCCUAUGUCUUUUUGCGUUCUUUAUGUGAUACCACUAUGAUCUUUUUACCAUACCAUAUUUGGACAUACUUACUGUGAUGCCUGGGAAGCAUUUGCCUUGUCUAUAGACUGCGCGAAUGCACAUAUGUCUGGUGCCUGACCUAUGGGUAAAUGUACACUCUAACUUGACUUAUCAGGACUCC